AUGGGAAGCUUCUGCUGCGGGAAAAGAGGCAGCGGUGGUGGCGCCUUAAAAUAUAUUGCUUAUUUCAUCCAUACAGAAAACAAGCAUGAGGCCAAGAGGAGGCGAACAGAGAGAGUUAGGCGAGAGAAGAUAAAUUCUACAGUAAAUAAGGAUUUAGAAAACAGAAAGAGGUCUCGAAGUAACAGCCAUUCAGAUCAUAUCAGACGAGGAAGAGGAAGACCAAAAAGUGCAUCUGCCAAAAAACAUGAGGAAGAAAGAGAGAAACAGGAAAAGGAAAUUGACAUCUAUGCUAACCUCUCUGAUGAAAAGGCUUUCGUGUUUUCAGUCGCCUUGGCAGAAAUAAAUAGAAAAAUGAUCAAUCAAAGACUUAUUCUCUGAUAUUUGUCUGCAAAAUGUGUUGAAACUUUCUUCA